AUGCAGGUUUCCGAAAUCGACAACGUCAAGAUAUAUAACCUCAGCGCUGGAAAGUCUCUACCAGAUUGGUUAUCAGAAAGAAAAAAGAGGGCAAUUCUUAAGAAAAAUGUAGACCUACGAAGGAGGAUUGAACUUAUUCAAGAGUUUGACAUGCCUGGGGUAAGCACUAGUAUUCAAGCAUCAAAAGAUGGGCAGUAUAUAAUGGCAACGGGCAUUUAUAAACCACGGAUAAAAUGUUUUGAUGUGAAUAAUUUAUCACUUAAAUUUGAAAGAUGCUUAGAUGCUGAAGUAGUUACAUUUGAAAUAUUAAGUGAAGAUUAUACAAAGAUUGUUUUUCUCCAAUGUGACCGAUAUGUAGAGUUCCAUGUUGGACAUGGUAGGCAUUACCGAUUAAGAGUACCUCACUUUGGAAGAGAUAUGGCAUACCAUAAACCUUCAUGUGAUCUUAUUGUUGUUGGGGCAUCAAAUGAAGCUUACAGAUUAAAUUUGGAAGUGGGCCAGUUUAUGGCACCAUUUGUAACAAAAGCACAUGAAAUAAACAGUUGUACUGUGAAUGAAGCACAUGGUUUGGUCAUAUUUGGCACUGAAAGUGGCCAAAUUGAAGCUUGGGACCCACGAACAAAAUCAAGACAGGGACUACUAGAUUGUGCCUUGCAUUGUUCUGAUUUAGAGAAAAAAAGUUUGGCUGCUAUAACAAAAUUAAAAUUUAAUGGAGCAUUGCAGAUGGGGGUUGGUACAUCUUCUGGCCAUAUCCUACUUUAUGAUAUAAGAUCUAGUAAGCCACUAUUGGUAAAAGAUCAUAUGAAUGAAAUACCUAUUAAGAAUAUUGAAUUCCACUCCCAGAUGAAUUAUGUUUACUCGAUGGAUUCAUUAGUAUUAAAAAUUUGGGAUAGUAAUACUGGGAAACAAUAUACAAAUAUAGAGAGUGCCGAGGAUUUUAAUGAUCUUUGUGUAAUACCCAACACUGGUUUAUGUAUGAUGGCAGUUGAAGAUCCUAAAAUGCAAAUUUACUACAUUCCAUCAUUGGGGCCUGCUCCGAAAUGGUGUUCCUUCUUAGAUAAUUUGACAGAAGAAUUGGAAAGCUCUGCAGUCCAGACAGUUUAUGAUGAUUACAAAUUUAUUACAAAGCAGGAAUUAGAAUCGCUAGGUCUGGAUCACCUUUUAGGAACAAACUUACUACGAGCCUACAUGCAUGGCUACUUUGUGGACGCUCGAUUAUACAAGAGAGCUAAAACAAUAGCAGAUCCAUUUGCAUUUGAACAAUACAAAAAGCGUAAGAUUCGUGAAAAGAUUGAACAGGAAAGGCCAGCGCGGUUAAAAUUGGACGACAACCUACCAAAGGUUAACAGGGAAUUAGCUUCACGCCUGCAGAAUAUUGAAGGGAGAAAGAGUAAACAGUCAAAUAAUCUACUUAAAGAUGACCGUUUUAAGGAAUUGUUUGAAAAUCCCGAUUUUGAAGUUGAUAAGGAAGCUAAUGAAUACCGUUUACUCAACCCAGUGUUAGCCAGACUUGAUAAAAAGGGUACAAAAACUAUCCAAAGUCACGAGACCAAUGUGGCUAAGAUUGAAGAGCCUAUUGAAGACAAAGAUUCAGACAUGGAAUUAUAUGAAUCCAGUGAAGAAAGCUCUGAUGAUGAAAAGGUUUGGGCGAAAGAGGUUAAAAAACAACACAGAAUGAUCAGAAAUCACAAGUCCAAUGAUGAUGAUAAUGAGGAACCGCUAAACGAAAAGUUUUAUGAAUUUAAUAAUGCACCGAAACUUACUAAUAUUAGAAGUAUAACACAACCCCAAAUAAUGCAAAACGACAAUGGUUCUUACGGCAGUACGAGUGAUUUACUGGACGGCCAUGUACUGGGUAACGACAAGCUGGUGGGUGCGCCAGCCAUGGAGAGAUCUAGGAGGUCUAGUUUAGGUGCAAAUAGUGUUGAUAUAGGUGAAAUAACAGAGUCGCCCGACACAGAAUACAUGAGUACAUCAGCAAUUUUACAUUAUUGUAAAUCAAAGAUAUUAGUCCCGUAUUUAAAGCUUUUAACUAUUAUGGGCUUAAGGCCUGUGGUUGAUUCAUCGAACUCAUCAAAAUAUGCAAUUUGUUUUUCACAUUUCCAUACCGCACAAGUAGCGGUGUUUAUGUUUUUAGGAUAUAUAUUGCAGUACAUGGCUUGCUUCAGGCGAGAUAGAGGAUUUUGUUAUAAGUUAGUGCCACUUGCUCUUACAUCGUCAUUGGAGUACGAUACUUACCAGCAAAUUUGUUAUGGAAAUAUUACUUUGACGUAUAUCGGGCCUAGUAUUCUUCACUUUACGGGGUUUUUAUACGCACUUUAUUUAUUUAGAGUAUCAGACAAUGAACAGUUACAAAAUCUUAUGGAAAGAGUGUUCCUUUUGUCUUCUUAUGCUCCACAAGGAAUGGCCACAGCUAAUCCUAAACGCUUGUUACGGAUGUUAUGGAUCUUCAUAAUUUUAAGUGUUGUCUGGAUGUGUGUUUCUUUAUGCUCUGUAAAUUUAAUGUUAGCCAGAGGAACAAUAAUGUUCCGAUGGAUGGAAACAAGCUCCAAUGACGCAAAACUCGCUCUGAAAAUACUUCUUAUUGUAUGUACGCUGAUACAUGACAUGGUUCAGGCUACAGUAAUAACCAGCUACUGUCUGCAGGCACAAUUACUACAAGCCCAUCUUAUGUUUCUCAAAGAGCGUUUACUUAACCGUACUAUUACCCCUUUGAAUUGGAUGAGGGAAAUUGCAGAAUUCCGGAAGUUACUUAAGUAUUUGAAUGACGAUCUGGCGCCCGCCGUUUGUCUUUUCACGUUAGUGAAUAUAUCAUGGGCGGCGUCCGGUCUCAUGUGGUUGUUUGACCUUGACAAGGUGGACACGGAGACUGAGCCAAUUGCCGGAAUUAGCGUUCUUAACCAAUUGCUUUGGUUGUCCGCGGUUGUGGUUCCAUUUGUUCAGGCUGCACGGCUUUCAAAGGAAUGCCGGAGAACGCAAUCAGUAGGGCACGACCUGUGCGUUCGACCGUUCCUGCACCAGGACACAUCGCAAGAGGACAUUAGCUCUGUACUCAUGUAUGCCGCUACGCUCAAACUUCGCGCCAAAUUGUUCCAUUACCCUAUCGCUGGCCGAUAUGUCUGUCUCGUUCUGACAAUCGCUGUUAUUGUCCUCUUCGCCCUAGGCAUGUGUCACUUUUUACAG